AUGGACAUAGUUACAGUCCAGAAGAAGACGCGAACUGAGGUAGUCACUGAGCAAAAGUGUUAUGUUGAGGCGUUCAGUCAAUGGAAUGAGGACGACCAAGUUGAUUUCCUUUGCCAACUGCUUUCCCGCAUGUCACACGCACAACACUCUCAGAUCAAUAGACUCCUGGAGCCCCUGCUCCAAUGUGACAUCGUCACAGCCCUACCAACUCGCGGUGUGUCAAAUAUAUCAGCUGACAUCCUUUCCUACCUCGAUGCAACCUCCCUUCUAGCCGUCGAAUUGGUAUCCAAGGGCUGGCAGACUAUUGUUGUCCGCUACCAACUUUGGCGCAAGCUGAUCUCGCGACGCAUUGAAUCCGAUCAUAUGUGGCGCGGGCUUGCCGAGCGUCGCGGUUGGCUCUCAUUCAUCAGUUUGCCUGACCCAACUAUUCUCUCAUCACUCCUGGAACAGCGUCUGUCCUUGUUGAACUGCGGACAGGCACCGAAACGGGGACUAGAGUUCCCCCCAAUCAAGUUCUCCACUCAGGCACAGCAACCGACUCCGUUUGGCGACAACUGGAAUUUGCUACCAGCUUCCCUCACCUCAACAGCAGUUGAUGCGGUGGUGACUGCCGCUUCCCCUACGCCUACCUAUUCUCAGUCUUGUUCCCAUGAGAAAAUGAUGCUUGCACAUCGCUUCUAUAAGCAACUUUAUCCUCGUAUUAUUCGUGACAUUCGUUCACUGCCUAGCGUGCAUUCGUGGGCGAAUUCCGUGUACUUUUUCGCCUCUGAACUUUUUACUGACGCGUACACUCAGGUGACCACUCAGGUCAGAGCUGCCGACCGCAUUACGCAUAUCUCCUUCUCCGCGUUUACUUCCUACUUGUCAUACCUUAACACUACGUGUGACUCGCUGCGUGGGCUGACAGUGGUUGAUCGCAUCAAUGACAACUGGAAUCACGGUCGUUUCCGGCUUACCCGUAUCCGAUGUCACAGUGACACCUCCAAGGGUGUCUACUGCCUGCAAUACGACUCGGAGAAGAUUGUCUCAGGCCUGCGUGAUGAUACCAUCAAGGUGUGGCGCCGUGUGGGCACCUCGUCAACCAACCCAACCUUCACCACCUUCGCUGCGGGUGAUGUUCCCGCUGCCACAACGUCGGCAGAGUCAAUAACUACGGCGGAGGGACGCGCCGAGAGAGCGGAGGGCGGCGCUACGGCAGCGACCGAAAACGAAACCUCUCAGUCUGAAUCCGACGGUUACCAAUGUACACAGGUGCUGCGAGGUCACACCGGGUCUGUGCUCUGUCUGCAGUACGAGGGCAACCUGUUAAUUAGCGGUUCCAGUGACUCUAAAGUGCGCAUCUGGGAUCUCUCCACAGGCGAAUGUCUUCACAUCCUUGACAAACACUACGAGGCUGUGUUACAUCUACGCUUUCGAAAUAAUGUUCUUGUCACGUGUUCAAAGGAUCGUAAUAUCGCCGUUUGGGACAUGGACGCGCUUCCGAAGGAGAUUCACCUCCGUGUCAUCCUCUCCGGUCAUCGCGCAGCUGUCAACGUGGUGGAUUUUGACGAGCGCUACAUUGUCUCAGCUAGUGGCGACCGCACCAUCAAGGUGUGGCAAACGGACACAUCCACGACGAGUCCUGUGCGCACGCUCUCCGGUCACCGAAGGGGCAUCGCAUGUCUGCAAUACCGCGCGCCUUACGUCGUCUCGGGCUCCUCCGACUUCACCAUCCGCAUUUGGGCCAUCGAGACGGGUGUCUGUUUCCGCGUCCUCGAGGGCCACGACGAACUCGUGCGCUGCAUCCGCUUCGACUCUAAACGCAUUGUCUCCGGAGCCUAUGAUGGGUGA